AUGUUGAGGUCGACUUAUACACCUCCACCUCCGCUUCCACCAGGGUGGACAGAGCAUAAAGCGCCGACGGGGCAUUCGUAUUAUUACAAUGCGGCAACGAAACAAUCUACCUACAAACGCCCUACCGCGCCUCCCGUUCCUGUCAUAGACUCUACACAGGCGCAACCUAGCUAUACCCCAGAAAACCUUCCUCCUUUUUCUUCAACUCCCUAUGGACCUUCUGUAGGAACAAGGCAGCCGGAUAGAUUUGCUCAAAACAACACCUUUCAACAGUAUCGCACGGGGCAUGAUCGCGGCAGAGCUCAUGGGAAUCGAAGGCAUCGGGAACCCAAUGAUCGCCCAAAAUCCAAACACAGUAUCCCCGGAUGUGCGCCCUGGCUUUUAGUGAAAACGAGAUAUGGACGACGAUUUAUACACAACCCAGAGACAAACGAGAGUUAUUGGAAAUUCCCGGAACAUGUCUUGAAAGGCGUGGUGGAGUUCGACCGGUUGGAGAGGGAAAGGAAACAGCAAGAACAACUUCACGAGGACGAGAGUCAAGAGUCGCCUAGAAUCGGCAAUCAAGAUAAAGACGAAAUAAUUCUUGAAGCGCAAGAUAUUCCUGCCACUGCCGCACCAGAUGAAGAGGGAAGCGAUGAGUACGAAGAAGUAGAGGUGACUGAUAAUGAAGAGGACGAGGACCAGCUCAGUAAACGACCAAGAAUAGAAGGCGAACAAGACGAUGACGAUCGACCCAUGGAGUUUAAUGAGGAAGACUUUGAAUAUCAGCUAGCGGCCAUGGGCGAGGACUACGGCUUAGAUCCCGGCGAAUACGGCGAGCCUGGUGAGGAAGGCUGGGAAGAAGGCGUGGAAGGACUCACAUUAACCGAUGAAGAAGCCACUUCCCUUUUCAGUGAUCUGCUUGACGAUUUCCGUAUUAAUCCAUUUACUACAUGGGAAAAAGUCGUGGAAGAAGGUCGCAUUAUUGAGGACACAAGGUAUACCGUGUUAUCGAAUAUGAAAGCACGGCGGGAAGCGUUCGCAAAUUGGAGCCGUCAGCGCAUACAGGAGAUAAAGGCGCGCAAGGAAAAAGAGGAAAAGAAAGAUCCACGGAUCAAAUAUAUCGCUUUUCUUCAAGAAUACGCUACACCAAAGUUAUACUGGCCAGAAUUCAAGCGGAAAUAUCGAAAAGAGGACGAGAUGAAAAAUAUGCGAAUGUCAGACAAAGAUCGCGAGAAGCUUUAUCGCGAUCAUAUUGCGCAACUAAAGCUCAGCGAGAGCACUAGGAAAUCAGACUUGUCCGCCUUGCUCAAGUCGAUUCCACCUCAGGAUCUGAACAACUCUUCGCAUAUCGAAGCUCUUCCUCCUGCGGUAUUGACUGACAUACGCUAUAUCUCAUUGCCACUAAAAGUUCGAAAUCCAUUGAUAGAAGCAUACAUUUCCACCCUGCCCCCUGCUCCCGAAGAAGAAGCCGCCGCCCUAUCAGCCCAGGAACAACAAGAACGGGAGCAGAAACGGCUUGAGCGAGAUCGAAGGGAGAAAGCUCUGGCCGAGAGAGAACGCCGAGUCGAGGAAGAGAAACGCCGUUUGAAGGGCGAGUUACUUCAUGGCAAGAGGCUUCUAAGAGAGGAAGCUGCCGAGAUUCAAGAAGCUAUGCAAAUCAGAGGCAAGCAAAGCUUGAAAAGUUAUUUUGAAACUGGCGGAGACGAAGGCGUGGAGAAGACGGACUAG